AUUCGUAACUUUUCCGGACAGUCUGUCUACAAACAAAAUGUCGGUGACUGGGGACGAAAACAACAGGGAACCCUAAUGUUUUGCAAUCUCUUUAACUGCCGACUUGAUGCAGUAAUAAAGAAGAAAACAAUGGUGCUAUUUUCGGUGACAUUUGUUAGACAUGGGGAAACCCUGUAUAACAGAAGAAGCAUAAUUCAAGGACAAACAGACAUACCAUUGUCUUCUCUCGGGGAGCAGCAAGCUCAGCUAGUAGCAGAAAGGUUACAGAAUGAGAGGUUUACACACAUAUUCUCUAGUGACCUUUCCAGAGCUUAUGAGACAGCAAGGGCAAUUUCAGAUAAUAACAAAGUUUGCAGAUGUGACAUAACGCUGGACAAAAGAUUAAGAGAAAGGAGAUUUGGAUCAGCGGAGGGCAAAACGUCAAAGGAAUUACUUAUAUCAGCUAAGAAGGCAAAGAGAAGAUAUGCAGACUACACUCCUCCUGGAGCAGAAUCAGUGGCACAGGUUCAAGAAAGAGCUCAGUUAUUUUUUAAAGACCUGUGUAAAAUUUGUGCCAGUUUAUCUGAAUGCAAUGACUCGAUGUAUACACCAGCAAAGAUAAAGCGUCGCAAUGGAGGAAGUUUAGGAAGACACAGUCGUCAAAGUAAACGACUACAAAUAAGUGGCCGUAGCCAGUCUUUCUGUGGUUCUGGAAAUGUUCAAAACUUUAUCAAUGAAAUUAAUUUGUCCGCUGACUUUGAUGAUGAAGAAGACGAGAAUAAUUUCAACGAGAACUUUUGCAAACAUGGAAGUUUCGUUUCUAUGCAAGACAGUGAGAGCUCUGAUUAUACUGAAAAAGAAAUUGAAGAUUUUCAAUAUCGUGAAUGUUUUCCAAGUAGUUCAGAAGACUCUAAUCAGAGCAGUAGUGAUCUCAAAUCAAAUGGCAGUUCUAAAUCAGAUGGAUUAAGCAAUUCUGAGACAGAUGAACUUUCAUCUUCAUCAUCGUCUUCGCUCAAUCAAACUGGAACCGAAUCAGAUAGCACUUUACCAGACAACAUUUCUCAAUCUGUGCCAAUGCUUGAUUGUGAAAUCCAGACUGUUCAGUUAUAUCGAAGGCGAACAUUUCAGUCACCAAGUCCCGUAAAAAGAGUCUCAAAGGACAUGGAUACUAGUACAGAGUCUUGUUUCUGUCCAAACAUUUCACUGUCACCAUCUACACACCGUCUCUCAAGUAUAUCAAGUAUUAGCUCAGGAAGAAACAGUAGUUUUGACGACACAGAUGGACUGCCUACAACAAUAGCCGAUAUUCUUGUAGUCAGUCAUGGUGGAUUUAUCAAAGAGACAAUGAAAUAUUUCGUGGAUACUUUGGGUUGCAAGGUCCCUGGAAUGAAAGGUCAUGCACUCAAAGUUUGUCCAAAUUGUAGCAUAUCUAAGUUUACAAUCACUUUGGAUGAAGAUACACUAAACCCAUCAUUAACUUGCAUAACAAUUCAUGAUAAAGAUCACCUGGCAGGGUUAGAAGUACCCGAUGCCAAGGGAGAGUACUGAGUUUCAUCUUCGCAAAUAUUGAAUGUUAUAAUUUUUUAUUAAUUUAUUAUUUAUGAUGAAAACCUUGAGUUUUUGUGGUUUGAAUUUCUUAACAUAUUUAUAAAUGUUGGUUAUUGUUAAUUUUAUAAAUACAGGGUUAUCAUUCUUACACAUGGGAUUUUGAAGGCUGUAUAUUUCUUCAUACAUUCACCUGCUUUUCUGCAUGCCAAGUCACUGCAUUUUGAAACAGAAAAAGAAAAUUAUAAAUAUUCCAAAGAUGUAAUUCUCGUUGUCUGAAACGUUAACUUAAUUGUGCAUGUAAUUUUUGUGCUUAACUUUCUUCUAACAAGAUUGUAAAUUUUGUUGAUUGGCACCCUAAUUAAGUUUUGAUGUAACUGUAUAGUAUGCAAUUGUAACAUAAUAGUUAUCCAGUGUUUUGCAAGAUUAUUUCAAUAUUUUUAAAAUUGGGAUGUAUUUUUUUUGUUACUGUAAGUAAAGAGAAAGAAAAAGACUUAACUUUUACUUGGAUGUAAAGGACAAUUUAUUUGUUUCAAUGCACAAAAUUUAAUGUAUGUUGUUAAUUUUUUUCCUCUGUAAAACACUGGUCAAUGAUCAUCAACCUUUAGAGUCUGAAAUGAAAAAUUUUUAACCAUCGUUUGUAAAAUGCUAUUUUGCUGUUGUUGUCAUUUGAUUUUAUUGAAAUUUAAGUGCUUUAUCCAUUGCUGCGCAAUAAAUUGUUCAUUUCUGCAAAAGUUUUACAUUGUAUAUAAUUUAGGUCUUUCCAUCAAAGAACAAGCUAUAACACUAUAAUCAGUUUAUAAGUUUUAAUUCUUAAUUUUAUAUUAAAAAUGAUAAUGAGUAAAGACGGAGAAGGAUGAUUUGUUAUUGGAUAUUCCGCAUAUAAGGCUUAAUCAUUCUACAUAUUAGGGUUACUCAAAUGUUCUUUUCUUGCACUGGCUUGAAAAAAUAUUGUAAAAUUUUAUAAUCUUUCAAUCAAGCUCUCUAUGUUCUCCUCUUGUUUUGUAAGCUCAACUUAAACUUAGGCCUAAUAUCCUAAGUUAAUUUGUUCUCAAAACAUUUGUUAACAACAAAAUAUCAAUUUUGUCUGACUUUAAUCAGCUUGCAUUGGUCAUAAACAAAGUGCUGAAGUAGUCAGAUACUGGAAUUACUUCAAAUUUUAUUUUUUUUUCUUCAUUUUUUAUUAUCUUUUGAACAGCAAGUUGAAGGAAAAUAUAGUUGUUGAUAUUCAUGGUACAUUGCUGUUCAUGUGCUUACAUAUGUAAUGACUGCAAACAAACAUCCUUGUAUAAAUUAAAACUAUACUAUGAUAAUGAAGGUCUUGUUGAUCUAAUACAAAUAUUUCAUUCAAUAAUUGUUAGAUAUAUCCAUAUAAUUCCAAUUCAUUAGCAUUUUUGUUGUUAAAAAAUAAUGUGUAGUUAAAUUAUGAUCAUGUUAUAUUUAUUAAAAAAAGGAAACCGUGUUCUUUUUUGUCGUUUUAACAUAUUGUGUAUGUAUUUUCAUACAGGGUUAUUUGAUAUGAAUAUUUUGAUUUAUACAAACUUCAGAUUUAAGGAAAAACAUUUUUUUUGGUCACAGAAAUUCAAGGUUUGUUUAUAAAUGAAGAGUAUAAACUGUAUAUGGUUAGAAUCUGUGGAAAUUAUAAAACAAUAUAUUUAUAUGUUUGAAUUAAAUUGUUAAAACACUUCAACUUUCUUGUACUUUAAAAUGUAUGUAAUUUGAAGGCAAUAUCAAUAUCAAACAGUG